CAGAAGCACAAGGUUCAAACAUACUUCGUUUGCCGAGGUGUCUGUCUUCGCUAGACCAGAGCCCUGACCUCAUGCUGUCUUCCAUCGGGCAACAAGGCUUCCCACUUCCCUCCUUAUCUCCCUUUCGUCUAGCUGUGUAUCAUGAUCUGAUUUGUUUCCGACCGAUCUUGUUAUCUUCAUUUCUUUCCCUCCGUGUCUUUUGAUUCUUCUUCUGCUCGGGUCUUAACGUCAUGAUCGGUGCUACCAGGCGCUGGUUCCGGCGCAAUCGCAGAAUUCUCGCCAUAGGCGCGGGUCUCGUCGGGGCUGGCUACCUGGCGGGCCAGUAUUUGCUGUCGAAGAUUUCAGAUGCUCACGAGCGCAUGAGUAGUGAUAGGAUUGCAAAGGAGAAUCUACGACGCCGUUUUGAACAGAACCAGACCGACUGUACAUAUACAGUGCUAGCGCUGCUACCUACCGCUGCGGAGGAUAUUUUGGAGGCUCUACCGGUAGAGGAAUUGGCGCAGGAGCUACAGAGGAAGCGGGCGGAGAGACUGGCUAAGGUUAAUGCGGGUGAUGCGACGAGUUCAGAAAUCAGCUCGGCAUCUCCCAGCGUGGUUGAAGAGGACCGUCGCAGUCUAUCGUCUAGUUUUCAAAGUGAAGCUUUUCUUCACGCCAGUCAGUCGAGUGAUUCCGCUCCUCCGGUUGGGGGAAGUGCGCCCGAGGUGAAACGAAGCAAGGCUCAACUCUGGAAGGAGGUCAAGAUUACCUCUAUCACAAGGGCCUUUACUCUGAUCUACACUCUAUCAUUAUUGACUGUCUUCACUCGAGUUCAGCUCAAUCUUCUUGGACGCCGGAGUUACCUCUCUAGUGUCAUCUCCCUGGCGACACCUCCUGCUGACGCGUCUACGAUCAGCCUUGAGGACCAUGAUGAUGAUGAUCUGACUCAAACACUUGGAAAUGACUUUGAAACCAAUCGGCGCUAUCUUGCCUUCAGCUGGUGGCUGCUUCACCGGGGUUGGAGGGAAUUGAUGGAGCAGGUUCGGGCGACAGUCACCGAGGUCUUCGGCCCUCUUAACCCUCGCGAAGAUAUCACGUUGGCGAGGCUGUCUGAGCUUACGUUGCAAAUCCGGAAGAAUAUUGAGGGUAGUACGGAGCAGGAGCGAAGAUCAAAGAAGUGGUUAACCUACUUGCUGCCUCCUUCAGAGGAGGAAGAACAUGUGCUACAGGAGUCUGGGGUACUUGGGGUUUCGGAGCCGCCGUCUCCCCAGACGGCAUCGAAACUACGGCACCUCCUGGACGAGACGGCCGAUUUGAUCGAAUCACCGUCGUUCGCUCACGUCGUAACACUUUUGAAUAAUGAGGGCUUUUCGACACUGGUGGAGCAGAAGUGCGCUGCCGAUGCUUUCAAGCCGUCCCACAACGGGGAGAUGGCGCCUCAAUCAUUUGACUCGGUCGCUACUGUCAUCCCCCCUCCCAACCUGAUGCCCAAGACGAAACUGGCAAAUGUCCUAGCGGUGAUGGCCCGUCAAGCACAUGUGAUCGGCAAUGGUACGAACUCUCCGAAUGAGUAUCUCGCCGCCAUGGAUCAGGGCGUUCGGGAACUGGACGCAUUUGCAGCCGUCGUAUACAGCUCGAAUUUUGACAAGGAGCUGCUCAGUUCCGGGCUGAGUCCUAGAACAUUGCCAGUGGAUCUGGCUGACGUUGACACUUCUUCGUCUUAUGCUCCUGUCCUAGUAGACAAGGGUCCUGAUGUAACCAUGGGUGAUGGCAACGAUAGUACCAAUGCAAGCAAUAGCGAAGGGGUGGUAUCUGGAGCCGAUCUCGUCCAGUCUCUGGCUUCAGAGCCAGCUUUCGAGGCGGCAUGGGGGAAGGCUGUGGAGGAGAAACAUGACUCCAGGGAAGAAUGAAGACCGUGACAUGUCGCUGGAUCUCCUAAUGCACGCCACGGUAGGGUGACACAGGGCAUUGAGGUCACACUGCCCUCAUAUGUUUUCCCCUAGACUCUCCACUGACCGAUGGAAUCAGUGGUUUCCUGUGUUAUAUGCCACCAUUUUGGAAUAUGGAUGAAUUGGAAGGCCGCGUGUGAUUGUACUGGCUGCGAUAUCCGGAGGCGGCUCCGAUGGGGUUCCGGCUGAGGGCUCACGUGAAGCCGCAUUGACUCCGAAGCUAGUCCAGAUAAAGUUUAGAGUCUUUUCGGUUCCAAACCUAAACUUUAGCUUUUUAUGCUCGCGGGGAUUGCGGAGGCGUAUUACGACCGUAUUUUUACGGCAUAGCUGGUAAUAGUAACAGUAGGAUCAAUAGCUGGUUAAUAUUAUGAUGGAAAGUACAUUGUGC